AUGUCGACUAUAUUUGCCGGUUACGCCAAGCGGAAAUCACUUUUUGUGCGUGGUGUUGCGCAUGGCUUAAUAUUCUUAUUAAUAACGUGACAUUUGUCCAUGCAGAAAACUCGCGAAUGCAAACAUUUUAUCCGCUUUGACGUGUUUAUCUUUCACUUCACACGACAAACGCAACAUUACAAGAGCGUCAAAGAAACCUCCACAUGACGUUGAAGCGACGGCAACCGCGUGGAUGCUAACCAACUUCUCAUUGAAAUCGAUUCACACAAAAUUCGAAUGAAAGUUGUUGUGAUGUCGAAGGUGAAGCCGAAGAAAAAGAAGCAGCUCGCUUCCGAAGCCGGAAAAGACAAUUCUGAGAAAAAGAAAAAGAAGUACUGGAUGCGAAUGAAGUUCAAAAAGAAAGCCAAGGAGGAAAAGAAGGCCCCAUGUCAGCUCUUAGGACCUCCAAAAGAUGCCAAACUUUUUUCUUCCAACUGGAAAGCAUUACAAGAGAUUUUAAAGUCCAGUCAGAUGACUGCAGUUGAGCCCACGACCACACAACAGCAACCUAACGGUCCGCUGCAAGAAAAGAAAACCAAAGCAUCCAAAAAUGUACACCAGAACACGGUCUCCUCCAGUAAAACUGAUUCAGAACAAAAAGUCAAACGUAAAAGUGUUGACUCUCAAGCUAAAAUUCCCGGUGUGGACACAAAACAGUCAGCUGGAUUUAAAAGAAAAAACACGUAUAAAGCAAACGGCGAGCAAGCAGCCAAGAAGAAGAAAGUGGAGGCGACGGAGUCCAAACCUACAGAGCAGGACAUUUGGUUUGAUGACGUGGACCCCGAUGACAUCGAGGUGACCGUGGGGCCCGAGGCAGCAGAGAUCGUGAGGAAAAGGCAAGGCGUUCACAAGGAAGACACGCAAAGCAUGCUGGUCAAAGAGAAGGCUUUCCAGGGCCUGACCAGGUCCGUCGCCAUCGACUGCGAGAUGGUGGGCGUCGGUCCCAGCGGCGAGGACAGCAUCUUGGCACGCGUGUCCGUCGUCAACCAGUUCGGGAAGUGCGUCUACGACAAGUUCGUCAAGCCCAGCGAGAAGGUGACCGACUACAGGACGGCUGUCAGCGGCAUCCGGCCGCAGGACAUCAAAGACGGAGAGGACGUAUCGACCGUGCGUAAGGAAGUUGCCGAGAUCCUGAAGGGAAGAAUCGUGGUUGGCCACGCCCUGCAGAAUGACUUCAAGAUUUUGCUCCUGGAUCACCCCAAAAAGAAAAUCCGAGACACCCAGAAGUAUAAACCCUUCAAGAAGACCGUUGAGACGAACCGACCUUCGCUGAAAGUACUCUGUAAAAAAAUACUCAACGUCAAUGUCCAGCAGGGCGAACAUUCCUCUGUCCAAGACGCGCAGGCCACCAUGCGGCUGUACACGCUGGUGAAGAAACAGUGGGAGGCCGACAUCAAAAACAGCGCGGACAAGAAGAGCGAAAAGCGCAAGCCCAAGUCCUCCAAGAGCGCCGGCAAGCGUCGUGUCGCAGGUUUGUCCUUUUAAGGUGAAAGAGAUCCUUCAACGAAGAUUCUUCUUAUUAACUCCUUGGAACCCAAAAGUGACUGAUAAAAACAUAAAUAAAUCAGCAACUGAGCAAUAACUCCAUCUUCAGUGCAGGAAAACAAGGCGGACAAAAUGCGUGGACUGGAACAGAACGGCAUUCUGGGAUAAAUUCCAUAUUUGUACAUCCCGAGUAUUUGCAUAAAUAUCCGGAGCGUUCCAUGUUCUACAUUUCGACGCAUUUCGGUGAGCCGCUAAUCUCCUUUGAUGGCUGUGAAUUUGUGAAAUGUUUUCCCUCGUGUGUCAAACGUGGUUUGCACGGGAAAUGUACAGUUUGAAUAAAAUAUAAAUAUAAAGUCAA